AUGCAGAGCAGCGGCUUGGACGUGGAGUUGCAGCGCACGCUCGACGAGCUCUGCGCGGAUCUCUUUGCUACCCGCGCGCUAGACGAUUGCAACGCCAUAUUGCAGUCACUGGCGCUGCUUGCCGAUACCUUUCCACAGGCGCAGACGCUUCUCGGCAGGUUGCUCUCCCACAGCGACGGCAGCCAUCCCCGAUACGUGACCACUUCCAAGCUGUCGUCCUUGUCGACAGCCUUCCUCUACAAGAAGGAGACAGCUCGCAGCACGGCGGCUUUGAUCGCUGCGUUAGCACACAACAACGUUCGGAACCAGCGACGAAUUGUUCAAAGCACCACCGGUGUCAAGCUCGAUAUCGACCCCUCCCGGUAUGGCCUUCACACCCCUGCACCAAGAAGUACCCUGUAUGCGCUCACAGUCCCUUCGAUUGCCACGACCACGUACCGGAGGUGGCGAAAGCGCCAGCGCGAGUUGCAAAUCUGUCGCUUGCCCACUGGAGUGCCCCCUGCGCACGACGGCGUCCCCAUGCCUUGCUACUCUCACUUCCGUCCCUGUCCACAAGAGACUUCUUAG